AGAAGAACGAAAAGAAAAAACACCCGAACCGGGCACCCAGCCUCCCUCUCUCCGACUUCUCCACGCGCGCACCCCAGCCUCCCUCCGGCGCGGGCGAGCUCGACGCCGGUGCGGCCUCCCUCCGGCGCCGGUCCUGAGUCCGCAGCCGCAGCGGGCGCAGGGUCGCUUGGCCCGCGGUCUAGUGGCGUGGAGUUGAGACCCAUCUGGGCGUGGAUCGUAUCCUUCUUCCGUGGGUUGUAGGAAAUCCUACUGUGCGAAAUCAAAUAUGGAAGUUGACGAUGACGUGGAGGAGGAUGACAUGGAUUUUAACCCUUUUCUUAGGGAGGGGUCUCCCUCUGAGACCUCAUCAAGCCUUACCUCAGAAGCAGAAUGUGAGGAACAUAGUUCUGGCAAUCGACCAACUAGCGAGACAUAUCAGCAGAAUAACUUAGUUAAUGAAAACACAAGUGACAGUGCACUUCCUCAAAAUAAUUUGUCAUCUAAAGCUGUUGUCAAAGAAAUAUUUCCAGAAACAACAUCAACCCAGGUUAAUCUUGAGAAUGAUGAAGGUCGCUUGAAUGGAUUGCAAAAAGAGGUUUUACCAAGCGAAGCCGCUUGCUCUCCAACAGUGCAAAACCCUCCUCACCUAUUUCUCAGUGAGGAAGAUGCAAUUUGCAGACGGACAAGGGCAAGGUACUCACUAGCAAACUAUUCACUUGAGGAAUUGGAGACCUUUCUCCAGGAAUCAGAUGACGAUGGUGAUCCGCAGAAUGUUGAUGAGGAAGAGGAAUACCGCAAGUUUCUUGCAUCUGUCCUGUCUGGUGUUGGCGAUGACACACAGGCGUGCCAGGGGGACGAAAACCAGGAUGAAGAUGAUAAUGAUGCAGACUUUGAGCUAGAGAUUGAGGAGGCCCUAGAAAGUGACGGUGAUGAAAAUGCUGAGAACUAUGAUGACACAAAUGGUAAAAAGGGGAAAGAUGGUCGAAGGCCUCAGACGAGACAGAGGCGGCCAUUCACUGAGUUGCCUGGGGCAGGUAGCUAUCGUCACGAAUCCAAUAAAACUCAUUUAAGACCGAUUCUGCCAUAUGUUCCAACUGCAGUGGUGACUCCUGCACAUUCUUUUGGAUGGAAAUAUCCUACCCAGAAUGCCCUUUUCCCUUCAUCGUUGGUACCGGUAAAUUGUGCACCUUUAGUAUGCGGAUUUACUGAUCAGCAACUUGGCCAACUGCAUCUGUUGAUAUAUGAGCAUGUUCAGCUCCUGAUCCAAACCUUCUCCCUAUGCGUUCUUGAUCCUUCUAAACAAGAUGUGGCUAAUAAUGUCAAAAAGAUGAUAGUUGAGUUGGCAGGCUCUCGUGAUCAAGCAUUGGCUAGGAGUGCUCCUCAUCGGCAUAUCUUUUUUGAAUCCCAGCAUCUCUCAUCUAGUUUUGUUUCAUCUGAGAGUUCAGAAUGCCAAUGGAUGCCAUUAAUCAAGAGUCCUGUUAUGUCCGUCCUUGAUGUCGCACCACUUCAGUUUGCCCUCGGUUAUUUAAGUGAUGUCGCAACUGCUGUCGUGAAGCAUAGAAAAAGUCAUGUGGAUGGCACUGCUGACAAAAACCGGAGAAAAGAGCCUCUGUUUCCUUCACCAGUGAUUAGCAAUUGCCAAGAAGCAAGCAACAUUUCUCAAGAUAGACCAAAUAGUACGCCAACAGCAUCAUCUGUUUCAUCUGGGCAGUUACAGCAGAAGAAAUCAUUAGCUGCUACCCUGCUUGAGAAUACUAAAAAGGACACAGUUGCUCUUGUUCCAGCCGACAUUGCAAGAUUAGCACAGAGAUUCUUUUCACUUUUCAAUUUUGCACUGUUUCCUCAUAAGCCACCUCCUGCAGCUAUGGCCAAUAGAGUGCUUUUUACUGAUGCAGAGGACAGAUUAUUAGCUCUAGGAAUUCAGGAAUAUAAUAAUGAUUGGGGAUCAAUACAAAAGCGCUUUCUUCCUUGUAAAUCGAAGCAUCAGAUAUUUGUGAGACAAAAAAAUCGUAGCUCCUCCAAAGCUCCUGAUAAUCCAGUUAAGGAGGUGCGCCGUAUGAAGACAUCUCCAUUGACAGUUGAGGAGAAGGAAUGUAUCCGGGAGGGGCUGAGGAUAUUCAAAAAUGAUUGGACAUCAGUUUGGAGGUUUGUAGUGCCACAUAGGGAUCCUUCACUGCUCCAACGUCAAUGGAGAGUUGCAAGUGGAGUUCAGAAAUCUUACACUAAAAGUGAUGCCGAAAAAGAAAGAAGGCGAACAUAUGAAGCAAAGAGGAGAAAGCUGAGAGCAUCAAUGCCUGAUUCACGAGUAGUUCGUGGGCAAGAGGCUGAUAACAAUGCUUCCGAGGAUGUUGAAAAUGAUGAUGAUUCAUAUGUCAAUGAAGCAUUUUUGGAAGACACAGAUAGUAGAAGCAUUAACAUGAUGCCUUGUCAGCUGCCAUUACCAAGAAAUGCUGGAAAAAGCAUGACAAUGCAGUCAGGCACAUGCCUUGAUGAAGAAUGUGGCACUACAGGUGGUUACAUUGAACCACAGAAAGGAAGUGGUACAAGACUUGAUGUAACCACCUCAUAUAUACCUUUUAUGUACUGCCCCUCCGAUGGCCCUUCAUAUGUGAGAGCACCUUCCACUACAGCUCCAGUGGUAUCAUGUGGCUCUCUGGACCAACUUCAAGCUUCCCAAAUGAGUAAAGAGAAAGGUAGUUGUGUGGUCAAGUUGGCUCCAGACUUGCCUCCCGUGAACCUUCCUCCUUCUGUCCGUGUCCUAUCUCAGGUGGCAUUUCAUCCAAAUGCAACACACUUUCAUGGUACAUCAGAUAAUGCAGCAAAGGAUAUGUAUUCCGUGCCACCUCUAACCUUUGCGGAAAGUGCUUAUAGACAGCUAAAUCUGUUUCCUGAUCACAGAGCUAAUUCUAGAUUGCAGCAGAGUGGGGUCUCUAAUGAAAAUACGACAGAAGAUGGUGCUGAUCAAGAUUUGCAGAUGCAUCCUUUGCUGUUUCAGUAUCCUCGAGAUGUGGUUUCAUCAUAUAGUCAUCCACUCCAAAAUCUUAUUAAUCAGUCAAGAAAAUAUGAUCUUUUUCCCUUUGAAAAAGUUCAAGUUGAGAGAAGUAACAACCAGACUACAGGUUCCACUGAAAACAGUACGGUAAAUGCUAACACUAUUGACUUCCAUCCUCUUCUGCAAAGAACUGAAGUUGAGGUGCAUGAUGAAGUACCAGAAGAUGACUACCAUCAGUCUGAGUAUAAUAUGAGGCAAGCCCCAGUAGCGUCAACACCUGGGCAAGCAUCCACAAGCCCUUCUGAGAGGGAGACCAGUAUUGACUUGAACAUUCAUUUAUGUUCUCCGACGGAGAUAAAAGAUUCAAAUGACUUCAGAGGUACUUUUGGCCAGUCAAAUGUUCAAGCUGAAGUUUCUAGGAAGGACAAAGCUGGUGUUCCAGAGCUAGAGGUUGCAAAUUCCUGUUCUCAUCAUUGCAUUCAAGAGGCAAAUGAAGAAUCAAUGCAAGGGAUUGUAAUGGAACAAGAAGAAUUAAGUGAUUCCGAUGAAGACAACCAACAUGUUGAGUUCGAAUGUGAGGAAAUGGAUGAUUCUGAAGAGGAGCAAGUUCAGGGUCCAGAAGCCUCUCCAAUUCAAAAUAAGGGCAUCUCAGCAUCAGUUAUCUGUGAGGAAUUCCAUGUUAGCAAUGACUGGAGUCAAAUCCAGCAAGGGUCUGUUCAAAUGGAUAAACAGGGUGCAAGUUCAAUGCAGAACUUGCAAGUUUCUUCUCGGUCAGCGAGGGUUAAAUUGAAGCCAGAAACUGUAAAGCGCACAGGAUCUAGAGCGAACCAACGGUCGUCUUCUUCUCGCACAACUGAAACUAGCCGGAGCAAAACCAGAAGUUCUAAACAGCCGCAGGGACAGUCAACCGCUGAACGCAAGCCCAAUGAUUCAAAAAGAACUAGAAAAACUCCAGCCCCAAGAUGAAGGCCCAUCUAUCAUUUUAUUCUGGUGCUGCAUUUGCCAAAGCUCAAAGGUGCAAUGACUCGAUUCAAUCUGUAACUCAUGCUGUUGAGUUGAUUAUGACCAACAACUAUGCAGCGCAUGCUGGAGAAAGGGCCUAUCAAACCUAUGCGGACACUUAGGUCGAACUGGCCGGGUGAAUAGAGCAGCAAGAGGAAGAGAUCAGAUCAUGCGUUUCUGCAGUUAGAUACCAAGACUGAAGUUUUUAUCUUGGCCCACCAUUAGGAAGACAACCUAUGUUUGCAAAUCAGGUGGUUGAGAAAGCAUUCCCAUGGAAUAAGGUAAACAACCAUGAUGGACAGAAUGGGAUGAUGAGCUGAAUUCCGCAGAUGGACUUGAGAGUUCUGUAACUUGACUUUCUCAAAGGUUAAUUGUAACGUUAGCCAUUGCCUUGUAAUUUCAACCAUACAGGUUGGUUGUUGUAUGUGCGUUCAUUCUGUGUAACUGUGAAUAGAUGAAUGUAUCUAGGCCUGCUGUUGACAGUCAAAAUUGGCACGUACUAAGAUAAGGGAGAUUAAGGCUAAAAUAGCUAAUUCCAU